AAGAAUUUUGUCCACCUAAUGUGAUUGAAAUGCCUGAUAAUGACACUAUUAGUGUAAAUGGUCAAUUAUUACGAAAGCCUUUUGUUGAAAAACCUGUCAAUGGUGAAGAUCAUAAUAUAUAUAUUUAUUAUUCUUCUGAAAUGGGUGGUGGUGGUCGUCGAUUAUUCCGAAAGGUAGCAAAUAAAGCGAGUGAAUUUGAUCCUGAUUUGUCAGUACCUCGCACUGAAGGAUCUUAUAUUUAUGAAGAAUUUAUGGAUGUUGACAAUGCAGAAGACGUUAAAGUAUAUACCAUUGGAAAUACAUAUGCUCACGCAGAAACACGUAAAUCUCCUGUAGUUGAUGGACUUGUAAAAAGGAACCCUGAUGGUAAAGAAGUUCGUUACGUUGCUACACUGACGAAUGAAGAAAGAAAAAUGGCUAGUGAUAUAUCUAUUGCAUUUGGUCAAACUGUGUGUGGGUUUGACUUACUUAGAGUUCAUGGAAAAUCAUACGUCAUUGAUGUAAAUGGUUGGUCAUUCGUAAAGGGAAAUGACGAAUAUUAUAGUAAUUGUGCUCGCAUUUUACGAGCUAUGUUUUUAAGUGCUGUUCGAAGAAGAAAGGUUAGCAUUGAAUUAAUACCAAACGAACUUCGAUUUGAAAAUUCUUGGCGUCUUAAAUCUUUUAUAGCUGUAUUUCGUCAUGCUGAUCGUACACCAAAACAAAAAAUGAAAUUUUCUUUUCGAAGCAAACCUUUCCUUGAUUUACUUGAUGGUACUAAUGAAGAAGUUAUGAUACCUAAAGAUGAUCUCAAGAAAGUGUCGGAUGCUGUAAUAGCUGCUACUAAAUUACAAUGUGAUGAUUUAACUAAAUUAGAACAACUUAAAUUAAUACUACAAUUGAAGAGUGAUUUACCUGGAACUAAAGUACAAAUAAAACCUUCUUUUAAUAAAGAUAGUAAUUCAAUUGAAAAGCUUCAACUUAUUGUUAAAUGGGGUGAUCUUGGAGAAAAUCUACGAAAGGAUUUGAUAAUUAUGAACAAAGAUGUCUUAGAUGAUGUAAAGAUAUAUACGAGCUCAGAAAGACGUGUUGUCGCAACGGCUGAAAUAUUUGCUGGGACUUUUAUGGAUGCAAAUGAAUCUCCGGAAAAAAUUAUUGAAACUCGAAAAGAAAUGUUAGAUGACAGUAAUUCAGCUAGGGAACAAAUGGAUGAAGUGAAACUUAAUUUGAAAUCCCUUUUAAAACCUAAUGAACCUUUGAGUGUGGAUUGGACUUGGCCGAAAGAUCAACCUGAACCAUCUAUUGUAGUUCAAGAAGUUAUUGAUAUGAUGAAACAUCUACGUCAAGUAAUGCAUGAAAAUUUUGAACGAAUGGAUUAUGAUAAUAUUCAAUCUCGAUGGUGCUGUGCUGAAAAUCCAUUGCUUUUUAAAGAGCGGUGGGAAAAAUUAUUUAAAGAUUUUUGCGAUGUGGAUCGUAAUUCGUUUGAUCCAAGUAAAAUAUCUGAACUUUAUGAUUCUCUCAAACAUGAUGCAUUACAUAAUCGACAAUUUUUAGAGACCAUUUUUGUUGAUCAAAAUGGUGACAAGAGUACAGCUGAAUUAAAAGGAUUAUAUCAACGCGCAAAAAUCUUGUUUGAUUUUGUUGCACCACAAGAAUAUGGUAUUGAAAAUAAGGAGAAACUCUUAAUUGGACUUCUACUAUCAGAUUCAUUGUUAAAGAGUAUCAUAGAAAAUUUAGAGAUAACUUUUGAACUCUAUGAACGUCAUCGUGGUUUAUCUGGUGAAAAGGAAUAUUCUCUGCGCGUGGCGUUUAGUCCUGGAGCCUAUUCUCCAAAUAUUUUAGAUUUAAGUCUAGAUGCUAGGCACUGUUUGAUCGUAGCACCAAGAAA